AUGGUUCAAAGGAGCUCUAGGCGGCACAGACGACAACGGCGUGAUGGACAAGCACCAAUAAUCGCGGUACUGCUAGCAUCUGCACUCGCUGCUAAUGCUGCAGCUCCUCAGGUCGACUUUGACCGUAUGGGAAAGGUUGCCGUUGCGGGCUCGUUUGCAGGUCUUGACCUCUACGAUUCUCAGCAGGCCUCGUCCUCAUCGUUCGAUCCAUCGACAUCCACAAUCUUCCUCCGUGGAAAAGAAGGUGGUCUAACGCCAAUUGGAGCCACAAACGCCGGUGGUUUGGUCACAACAGGCUGCGCCCUCGGCGACGAUUUCUACUUUGGAGGUUCCUUCAGCUCUGUGGCCGGUCAAAAUGCCGCUAAUAUCAUCUCCUACAACCCCUCAUCCCGAAAAUUUACAGCUCUGGCAGGCGGAGGUCUCGACGGGCCCGUUGAAGCGCUUCAUUGCGACUCUUCAGCUAAAACAGUUUGGAUCGGAGGUCGUUUCCGCGGGCCCUCGUCCGGCGCAACAGGCUAUUCUGGCUCUGUUGCUGUGUAUACCCCUUCCAGCAGUAGCUGGUCUCCCCCGGGCUUUGGUGGACUGGCCGGAUCGGUGGCCUCCAUAGUCUCAAACGCGGACAGUUCCUCUCUCCUUUUUGGCGGUUCAUUCAUAACUUCUUAUCAAUCUGGUUCGACAACAAAUAAUAAUAAUACGGCUGUCAGCAACCCAAAUGUUCCCCAGUCGUCUGGUUCCACUCCCUUCUCUUCAUCUCUUGUUCCAUUUCCCCUCUCCAGCGCAGAGAUUACCGCGGGUCCCUCGUCCUCUCGCCAGGGACUUGGAGAUGUCACCGCAAUCCUAUGUCCAAACGGUGCAGAUGGCCCUGGGAAUACUUGGUUCGCUCGCGAAGGUUCAUUCACCUCUAUCACCAUCCGUGACUUCAAAGCUCUCAUGGCAAGAGGAAUUCGGCUUGGCAACACCUUUUUUGACGGACAGAGUACCAAAACAUUCUGCCUCACCGCUUUGCCGAGCAACGAGGUGUUGACUCUAACCUAUAAUGUUCCUGGAACCUCGGAGACUCGGACAUGUUCGGAUGAUUGCCCGCUCAGCACGGAUUCCUCUGUUGCCUUCCAGGAUUUCCUGUUCGAUGGGAGUACCAUCUUUGGAGUCCAGCUAAAUUUGAAGGAAUGGACGGGUGCUGGCUCCGGCCUACAUCUUUUGCAACUCUUAUCGGAUGGUGCAUUUGCUCCCGCUAUUCCGUCCAACAAUGGCGCGUCUUGUUAUGCACCGGGACCAUCAGACGUGCAAACGUCUGGCACAUGGACUCGUGCCACCGUCAAUACGGAGAUUCCGGCGACGGUACAGACGGUCCUCACAAGCACCGUUGCUGUUGGGUCGGGAAGCAGGCCAUCUAUCACGUGGGAUGUCUAUGCAUCAGCCUCUGGUCAAUACGAGGUGUACCUUCUCAUUCCAGGCUGCGUGAACUUGGCCAACUGUGACAGCCGCACUUCUGUCGAUGUCACAAUCAAUCCAGGAGGCUCCAUGUCACCCGUUACAAGGACCAUUUCCCAGCAAACAGAUCGAGACUCGCAAGAACUUGUCUAUACCGGACCACUUGUCCCCACCACCCCAGACUACACUGUCACGAUCAAGAUGGAACUCGCUGCGAGUCCGACUGGCCAAGGACCGGGAGGGCAAUACACAAUUGUUGCCGAUCGUGUGGUUCUAAAGCUGGUUUCAACGGAUUUGUCGUCCGAUGGCACUACAGGUGGCGCUGGAGGCAACCCCACGGGUUCCUCUCGACGUGGGUUCGGCAUCUACGAAUGGCCCUUGCGCAACAGCCCCAGCAAUGUCAACGCAGCCAGUGUUAUGCCAAACAACACCGAGACAUCCCUGACUACUGCCGCCUUCAACCUCUUCGCGGGAUUGGGCAAUUCGACGUCUAGUGCUUCCCAAGCAAGCAUUGACUCAAUUGUUCCCUUUAAUAGCGACAGGACGUUUAUCGGUGGAAAGUUCAGGCUCUCGGAUGGGACCGAGAACGUUGCACAGUUUAGCGGCGGAAGUCUUACCUCGCUUGCGAACAAGGGCGUAGAUGGCACUGUUCAUUCCAUGGUGCUGUACGGAAAUACGCUCUUUGUCGGUGGAUCCUUCAAUAAGACAGCAGAUGGAUCGACAGACCUCAAGAAUAUUGCUGCCUACAACGUUGCAAAUAACCAAUGGUCAUCAUUAGGUGGAGGCGUGGAUGGUCCUGUGUCUUCACUUGGAGUAUCGAAUGGCCACAUUACAGUUGUCGGCAACUUUACGCACACUCUUGUCACAUCGAAUACGGCCCUCAGCGCAUCUGGUUUGGCGACUUGGAAUGUCGCAGGCUCAAGCUGGAUCAACAGCGGUGGUCUCCUCGUUGGAAAGAUGUCGACCGUUGUCAAUGCCACGACAGGCAAUGAUAGCACGGAAUACAUCGCUGGUUCAGUUUCUAUGUACCUCAAGUAUGGGGCUGAUGGUGCUGCGUCUCUCAGCAACGGCGAGAAUGGCCAGGCGGCGAUUACUCCUCUCGGUGCGAGGUUGGACGGAGCCACAACUUCCUCAGCCAGAGCCAAACGAUGGGCACUAAAUUUCCGUAACAUCUUGGCAUCUAGACAGAGUACCGGUAGUAGCCUCCCAGCUGACCCAACUGCACCUGCACCGUCUGUCCUUAGCGGUGUAUUCUGGACCAACACUACGUCGUCACAUCAGGUCAUGGUCAUUGGCGGCAAUUUCACCGUGCCAGGAACUUCCAUCACCUCGCUGGCUUUCUACGAUCCCGCCGACGACAGUGUCAUUGGAGUCCACGGGAGCCAGGUCAACGGCAUUGUGAGAUCGCUUUUGAUUGUCGGAUCUAAACUCUACGUUGGCGGAGAUUUCGCGCUUCAAGGGGUCAACGGUCAAAGCUUCGCCGUUUAUGAUCUUUCCAACCAGGGAUGGGACACAAACGUGGCAGGAAUGAAUGCAGCGUCUGGUCGACCUGUGGUCCGCUCAAUCACCACUGUCUCCGAUUCAUCCUCCGCGGUCAUUGUCGCUGGUUCGUUCUCUGGAGCAGGUGAAACUCAAUGUAGCGGAAUUUGCUCGUUGGAUACCAAUUCAAGAGCCUGGUCAAGCCUCGGGUCUGGGGUUAGUGGAGACGUGGAGACUGUUUCGUAUGCAGGUGGCAACGCGGAGAUUCUGCUCGCAGCCGGAGCGCUCAGUCUAGCAGGCUCUCAGGUCUACAUGGCGGCAUAUACCUCACAAAAUCAGUCUUGGUCUGCAGUCGGCACCCUGCCAGGACCCGUUACUGCACUUAGCGUUGACGACCGCAACCAAAGCAGCUUGUUCGCGGCUGGAAAGACAUCAUCUGGAUCAUACAUUUCUCACUGGGAUGGUUCUCAGUGGAAUGCUAUUGAUCUUCCCCUAGCCGCGAGUUCGAAUAUUACCCAGCUUGAGAUGGUUCCGCUGCAAGAAGAUCACGAUGCAAAAUCGAUGAUCGAGUCCAAUCGCAUGCUCUGGAUCUCGGGAUCACUCGCCGGUUCCAAUUUUACGCACGCCUCGUCUGCCUUGUACGAUGGACAAACUCUGUACCCAUACUUGGUCACUUCGACUGUUUCUGGGGAUGCAGGUUCUAUCUCAUCGUUCUUCCACUCCUUUUCCACUUUCAGUUUCGCUCGUAGAAAAUUCCUUGCAGUUGGCGUUGUUAUUCUCAUCUCCAUCGCGCUUGGUGCCGGUAUCGUCUUCCUUCUGGGUUUGAUCGGUAUACUCUGGGCGCUAUUCGCUAGGAGGGAAGAUCGUAAUAUCGGCCAAGACACCAUGACAGAGGACGACGAUAGCGUUCGACCAUCCUCAAUGUUGGCUCACGUUAAUGCAGCUGCCCGCAAUACCAUCAUCGGCUCGCCCAAGGGUGAUUACUAUGCUCACAAGGGAGAGGAUACGAUCGUGGAUGACCCCGUCCGUCCCUCGACUGCGGGCUCCCAUAUGGGUGCCGAUGUCGCCGCAGGAGCUGCUGUCGGGGCAGGAGCCGCCGCUAUGGCACAUCAUAGCUUGACACCCGUCACCACCACCGACGAAAACGAUGUCAAUCGGCCUGCACAGGCCCGCUAUUCGUUCGAAGGGACGGGUGAAGGCGAGCUUCCUCUUCAUACCGGUCAACAGGUGACUGUGCUAAACGAUCAAGACGCAAAUUGGUGGUAUGUUCGUGAUGACGCAUCGCAAAGGGAAGGCAUCGUUCCUAGCUCAUAUCUCGUGUGA